CCUAGUGCUGAAGAGGGUUGGCCUUGAAGGGAUACCCACAGCUUUUGAAAGCUGCCGAGGAAGGACAAAAUUAUUAAGGGGAAAGGAAAGCAGUUGUACCCACCUUCUGAGGCUCUGCCACAGACAGCACAUUUGUUCAGGAUCCUGACAUAAAAGACUAGAGCAGAAACUGAGAUAUUCUGGGAAAGAAGUAACAGCAGUUCUGGGUCCAGAAAAAUGGAGUAGAAGUUGCAACUCCUUAGCUGUGCAGGUAUCUCAGGCUCUUUGAGGCGCAUGGCAACACAUGAUGAUUUUAUGGCAGGAAAGUACCAAGCUCAGGUUGCAAUAUAUUGUGGCAGCAUUCCCAAACUAAAAUCUGGAUGCAAGUCAUCUAGAGGAGGAAGCAUUGAUUCUACUUUGCAGCUCCAUGGAAAUGGAUGGAUGACAACACAUGAGGGCGAGGACCCUACCCUGGCAUCUCUUCAUUCAGUUUUAAAAAAACAAUCAUGUUUAUGGGGAAGCAAAGGAGAACCUCCAGAUGUUUCUUCUCUGGAGAGCUGUGACAGUAGACAUGGCCUUCAGAAGAAUACAGACAGUACAGUCAUGAAUGGCUCUUCACAGAUACCUAAUGCCCAGCCAAAGUACAGUCUCAGUGAAUUGGAGAUAAAUAGUGCAGCCAUGGAGACUGCUCAAAUUAAGGAUAAGCUCAAAAAAAGAAGAAUGUCAGAAGGCCUACUGGCAUCAAAAAAAGGCUUGCUGGACAAAGCUGUUCCCAAGGGACCUGCCCUGAAACCAGCCAUUUCCAGAUCUGCUUCUCAAAGACUGCUGGUCACUCCCAAGCCCAUGCCUCCUAUUCAGAGCAUACCAAACACCCCAGAGACCAACAGAGCUGAAGAAACAGAGCCACAAGUUAGGGAGAAUGGUUCAGGCUCUUUACAGGCUGAAGGAGCUAAUCCAGAAUUAACAUCCACCCAGCAGAUUGCACAUGGUCAUGAUGAGAAUCCAAAAAAAUCUUUAGGUGCUGCCUUGAUCCCACCCAUCCCCAAGUUAGGAAAGGCAUAUGAAGAAAAUUCUCAGAACGUUGCAGAAUGCUUUUCAAGCUUGCCACAGGCAGAAUGUGUCCCACUUGCUAUAGCUGAGUGUCCCAAAACAAGGUCAUUGUCAGAGCCUGGUACUGGUGAAGACAACAGCCAAAAAACACUGGAAACUGGAUUGUCUGAACCUGCUUUCCAGAAUGGCUUUCCUGCACCUUUAAAGAUUGUUGGGGGAUCACUGGCAUCCUUACUGCCACCGGCCACCUCCUCCCUCUGUCUGACCAAGGAAGAAGGCUUGCAUUCAAAUCCUCACCUGUUAAAAGAUGAAUGGAAAGAGAGCAAUGGAAGGAUUCAUGUGACAAUAUCCAAGUCAGCGCAGGAGAAAAUGCGUCAGAAGCAGCUAAAGGAGAUAGAGUUCUUGCGUAAAGAAAAGGAAAAGGAGAAAGAGAGAGAAAAGGAAAGAUCCACAAAAACCCAGGAACAACAGUCAAGGAAUGCUCUGGAUGGAUCCGGUUGGCUUCACCACAAUGGAGCCACCCCUGUUACUCUCCACCUGAGCAACCCUUGCAGAGCUUCUGUAGGGAUGGCCUUAAGGAAACGAGUGAACAGGCCCUCGUUGCCCAGCAUCCCUGUUAUCAGCCAAGACAGCAAUUUCCUGAGACAUGCAUCAGCUAAUUCCCUGCCAGCAAAUCUCCAACACUCUCCAGAAUGGGAAGAGGGCCUUGUAAGUACGGAUGCCUUUGAGAUAAGACCCUUGUCUCAUCCAGAACACGAAUUAAUCGAGGCUCUCAAGUGGCUCAGCAGCAAUGAUUGGCACCUGAAGGAGAAAGGACUCCUCAACAUCAUAUGCUUGGCUACCUGCCAUUCAGAAGUUCUGCAGGGUAGACUUCAUGACGUUUGCUUGGCAGCUACAAAGGAGGUUAGCAACUUACGAUCUAAAGUAUCUAGGUUUGCUAUUGGGACACUUGCUGAAUUGUUCAAAGCUAUGAAGAAGCACAUGGAUCAAGAGGUUGAGGAGAUUUCUCGAGUCCUGCUUCAGAAGGCAGGUGAUACUAGUGAAUUCAUCCAGAAAGCAGCUGACCAGUCCCUGGGGAUCAUGGCACAGAGUGUGACUCCAUCGCGAGCAAUGACAGCCCUCAUGGCCAACGGAGUGAACCACCGAAACCCCCUCAUUCGAAAAUGUGCUGCUGGACACUUACUGACAGUCAUGGAACAAAUUGGGGCUGAGAAACUACUCUCGGGCAAUCGGGAGAGUACGGAGUUAUUAGUGCAGACAUUAGUGAAGAUGGCUCAGGAUUGCCAUCAAGACACAAGGUGUUAUGGCCGGAAGAUGCUGAACAUGCUUAUGUGUCAUUCAAAAUUUGAUGGGUAUUUGAAACAAAAUGUACCAUCACAUGACCUGCGGGAUGUCAUGGCUGCAAUUAAACAAAAAGGGACAGAAGAUUCAGCCUCCCAAGCAACUUCUGCCAAAAGUUACCGAGGAUCAAAGAAUGGCAGUUUGACAAUCUCACUGGACAGCCUGUCUUCGGGUGAAGGGUCUACCAUGGAUGUUCUUAAUUUCUCGCAACCUGCAGCUCGUGGCUCCUCACUUCGCAGUGUAGAAAUAAUGGAGCAGCUGAAGGAGUUGAACAAACAGCUUGGGGCCAAGGAAUUUCAGAUACGAAUAGAUGGAAUAGCCUUACUAAUGGACCAUUGCAAGAAGAACCCACACUUUGUCUCGUCAAAUAUUGUGCAGAUUUUUGAUACUUUUACACUGAGGCUUCAGGAUUCCAACAAGAAGGUGAACCAGUAUGCAUUAGAAUCAGUUGUCACCAUGAUUCCACUGCUUAAGAAUGGCUUUGUUCCAGUCCUGUUCUCUGUGGUGACUAUAGUGAUGGACAACUUAAACUCAAAGAAUUCUGGGAUUUACAGUGCGGCAAUAAAAGUUCUGGACACAAUGAUUACUUAUUUAGAUAACCUAUUGCUGCUUCAAAUAUUUGCCAGCAGAGUGCGUUUUCUCACUGGCCGAGCUCUUCAGGACAUCACGGAUCGUCUGGCAGGUCUUGUGGCUGUUGCUUAUCCACGAAAGCCUCAAGUUGUUGAACGUCACAUCCUUCCUGUUCUCUGGUAUUUCCUGAGUAACAUGAUUGGUAAUGGGGUAUUACCUGGGAAGAGUGGAAACGUGAGAACUGUGGUCUCUAAACUCACUAAAAGCUUGCACAAACAAAUGGGGCUGAAACUUGAGGAAUACGCUUGCAACCAACCACAACAUGUGAUCAAACUGUUUCAAGAUCUUCUAGAUAUGGAUCUUCACUGAAGAGAGCCUGUUGCUGUUUCUGGAACAGUUAUAGUGGGGCAUUUCAAAGAGGAGCAAAAAUGGAUAAUGAUACAGAACUUGCCAUUACUUAACCUUUUUAUUUUUGAGUCUCCUGUUGAAAGCUUUUAGUAAUAACCUACAAUGGAAAAUGUAUAUAAUAUAUUUUGCUGUAGAAUUAAAUCAUCUAUUUUUUUAAGGUUUAAGCUCCUCCAAUUUUGACCCAUAGAGAUUUCCUCAAUGACAAUAAUGCAUAAAUGGCACAACUGUAACAUU